GAAACUGAUGUAUCUGUGUUUCGAAGCAGUUCUGCUUUCUGAAGAUCAGUAGAAAAGGGAACCGAGUGCGAUGUCGAUCUUUGAUCUAUGAGAACUGCAGCACUGCCAUGGCCUCGUAUAAAAUGUCCAUCAUCUGGGUUUGUUCUGCCGUUCUACUGAUUGGAUGGGUUCUUGCACAGGAUCAAGCGCAAUGGUCCACGAGCGAGAUAAGCCACUCUUGUAACUGGACUUGCAUGCUCUUCACACUGCAGUGGCCAGGAAGCUUCUGUCUGAGCAUCGACAAUAAAAACAUUUGCCGGAUACCACAGGAUAUCCAGGAGUGGACCAUCCAUGGCCUUUGGCCUCUGAAGGAUCAUUACUGCUGUGCAUGUUGGCCAAUAUUUCAUUCUCAUCUUCAGGAAUUGGAGCCAGAAAUCUCCCAGCUUUGGCCUUCAUUUAUAAAAACAAGGAGCGACUUCGCAUUCUGGAAAGACGAAUGGAUUAAACAUGGAACAUGUGCAGGCUGUGUGGAGAACAUGGGUUCUCCGGUUCUCUACUUCAAGACAGUUCUCAAGCUCCGGCUGCUCUUCGACGUUGAUAGUGCCUUGGCAAACGCCGGCAUUAAACCUUCCUGCAAUGUUUCCUAUAAGCAUGAUGACCUGCAUGGUGCACUGGAACCACUGCUUGGAGAUAACUUUGUGUUACAGUGUGUGACGGAUGGGAAGGAAAGAGAGGCAUGGGUGCAGUUAAAGAUCCAGGUCUCUAAGAACGUGACUCUUGGAUGCCGGGUGACAGAGGAACUCGAGAGCAACAAGGUCACGAACACUACUUACGGACACCCCUGCCCUACAAACACCACCAUUUUCUACUUCCCUAUAAACCAUGAGCAUCCAAAACAACCAUGCACCUGAUCACAGCAUUAAUCAGUGCUGUCUCAGGUACCCACUAAGAGGAUUUCAUGCUACAUGCUACCCUGAGUAAUCUGCUUACAUGCUAGUCAGUAUGAAGAGACUUAACAGUUGUUAAGCCACAAUUUAAGACUGUAAGGGUAAAAAUGGAGCAUGUUCAUAUAGCCAUGGUACGUGAAU